CACAAAUUUCACUAUUUCAGCCACGAAGAAAAUGAACGACGUUCGCUUGUUAACAAGCAAAAAAUAUCGAUCUUUAUUAAGCUUUUUUUCUUCAGAAGAUAAAGGCCUUUCUUAUAAUCAUACAUUAAUAAAGCAUUACAGGAGCCACUCAACACGCUCCCUUAAAUUAACAAAAAUUCUUCACCAUUUUCCUCCAAAGCUCAACGAUUUCUAAAGCCCUCUUAAAUCCCAUGUCAACUUCUUGCGCCACUUUGCCCAGUUCUGCCAAAUUGGAGUUGCUGGGAAGAAGAAAAAGUUUUUCAAGACUUCAUCGCCAAAGAAGCAGGUGUGGGUUGAGUAGGAGAGGUUUUAUGUUUAAAGGAAUUGUUGCUGCUGGAGCUUCAGCUGUGGCUUCAACUGUUGCUGCAGAGCCCACAAAACCCAAAGGUUUGGAGGAAUUGCCAUUUAAGCCGGAGGGGUAUAAUUACUGGACGUGGAGAGAUAGGAAAAUACAUUAUGUGGUGGAGGGAGAGGGGCUGCCCAUUGUUCUGAUUCAUGGAUUUGGGGCUUCUGCAUUUCAUUGGAGGUACAACAUACCUGAAUUGGCUAAAAAUUUCAAGGUAUAUGCGAUACAUUUGAUAGGAUUUGGCUGGAGCGAGAAGGCGCUUAUUGAGUAUGAUGCUCUAGUGUGGAGGGAUCAAGUUGUGGAUUUCGUGAAGGAGGUAGUUAAAGAGCCUGCAGUUUUAGUUGGAAACAGUCUAGGAGGAUUCACUGCUUUAGUUGCAGCAGCAUCACUGCAGGAUCAAGCUAAGGGUAUUGUAUUACUGAACUCAGCGGGACAAUUUGGCGAUGCUGCUUCUCCUGCAUCCGAGACAGAAGAAAACGUCAUGCAAAAAUACGUUUUGAAGCCACUGAAGGAUGCUUUUCAGCGAGUUGCUCUCGGGUUUUUGUUUUGGCAAGCCAAGCAACCAGCACGUGUUGAGUGUAUGUCUACUCUGCAAACGUCGAUGACUAUCUAAUCAAUUCAAUAACAAGGCCGGCAGAUGAUCCAAACGCUGGCUAAGUUUACUACAGGUACGAAGUUGAGCAAGUAAAGCAAGUCCCAUCCUGUCAAAGUAGCAAAUCAAGGGAGGAAUUGCUUGAUUAAUGGAAGGAGAAGAUUGAGGCAAUAAUUGAAAUUAUGUAAAGAAUAAUAAUGAAUAUUAUUGCCUAGAAUAGAUUGAUACAAUUUCCAUAGAUAGCUAAUAAUCCUCCCUAUAUAUUUGGGGCUGUAAAUCAUUGUACAAUCAAGCAAUAUACACAAAAAACCUUCUACUCCCAAA